AUGAUUGGAGCCAAUGUGAAAGGACAUAACGUGCCCUGUGAAAACCAGCCAAUUGCUUCCCGAUUGGCUGUAAUAUGUGGGACAUCAUCAUGCCACAUGGCGGUUAGUAAGUCCCCUAUAUUUGUUCCUGGUGUUUGGGGACCCUAUUAUUCAGCAAUGGUGCCAGGAUUGUGGCUAAAUGAAGGAGGUCAAAGUGUAACAGGGAAACUGAUGGAGCAUAUUGUCCAAGGACAUGCUGCUUUCCCAGAACUACAAACAAAAUCUGAAGCCAGAGCUCAAAGUAUAUAUACAUACUUGAAUGGUCACCUGGAUCUGAUUAAGAAAUCUUUGCCUGUGGGUUUGCUCACUGUUGAUUUACAUGUUUGGCCAGAUUUCCAUGGCAACCGAUCUCCCCUUGCAGAUAUGACUCUAAAGGGCAUGGUAGUGGGACUGACACUAUCUCAAAGUCUUGAUGAUCUUGCUCUUAUUUAUCUAGCUACAGUUCAAGCCAUUGCGUUGGGAACCAGACAUAUUGUAGAAACAAUGCAAGCCGCAGGGCAUCGUAUCAACACUCUCUUUAUGUGUGGUGGUCUGAGCAAGAACCCUCUCUUUGUCCAAAUGCACGCGGACAUCAUUGGCAUGCCUGUUGUUCUAGCCCAAGAAGUGGAGUCUGUGCUAAUGGGUGCUGCUAUUCUUGGAGCCUGUGCUUCUAAAGAUUUUGCUUCCCUGCAGGAUGCUAUGGAGAAAAUGGAGAAAAUUGGGCGGAUUGUGCUGCCAAACCACAAGGAUAAAAGAUUUUAUGACAAGAAAUACCAAGUGUUUCUAAAACUUGCGGAAGAUCAAAGAAAAUAUAAAUCCAUCAUGCAGAAUGCAUAGACAGCAUAAAAAAGAAUCAUCUUUGAUAUCAGAGGUCUGACUGAUUCCUUUGAUUUUCUUGAUUAGUUAUUUACAUUAAUGAGAAGCAUUGCAAUAAAAAUAAAAAAUACUUUAUAGCCUAUUGAAUAUGAAUGUAGGUAUACAUUCAGCAUUCACACUUUUCAGAAUUGUAUCAUCUGUUAAAAAGCUUGCAAAAAUAUGUACAUUAAGCAAAAGUGUAUAAAAAGAGAUACAUUAGAUAAAAUAUGCAGAAUUCAUGUAAUCUCCCAUGCAUUUUUAAAAUUUGCAACCUUAUAUGAAAAUAAAAUAAACUGAAGCUUGGGAAAGCGCUAAAUUAAGAAAAGUCAAAAUUAUAAAUGUACCUUCAUUGGUCAGGCUUUCCAUUUAAUGUCAAAAACUAAAUUGCUGCUUAUUAUUGUUCCCUUUAAUAAAAUCAAGAGUCAUAAUAUGAUAUUAUGUGAACCAAGAGCUAGGAAGACAUACCACUUAAUUAAUUCUGUAGAAAAAAAUUGCUGCAAGAGCUACAUACAAUUUUACAUCAUAUGUUUUCCAACUCAUUAUCAGUGUAAUUUUAAAUGUGUCUUAAAACACAUUUGUCAGCCCUUCAAUGUAGACUAAGUCAAGAAACAGAAUAUUGGAUUCUUGUUAUACAAGAAUGUUGGAUUCUUGAUAUAUGCUAGAGUAACAUGAUGUUAAAAAUCUGGUUGUGUUUUCCUUUCCAUCCUUCUUAUAUCCAGGGUGUUAAGGCAGAAUCCGUUUGAGCUUCUUUCUAAUGUCCUUGUUUCAUGGGUUUAGUAAAUGCAGUUUGUUCAAGGUGAUCUUUGUGGCUCUGCAUUAUUGCAGUUUUUGUUUUUAUCAAAAUUAAUAAAGAUCAUUCAUACAUUUUUUUAGUAUCUCUAUUCAGUUAUUUUAACUGAUCGGUUUAAUCUGAAAUUUUCUCAAUUAUUCAAAUCUUUUAAAUAUAAAAAUAAAAGUUUAGAUCAGAUAAAUUCCCCUCCUCCAGCUCAUAAAUUCCUAGGUUUAGCAUUAUUGUUAUCUAGAUAAUGUUGUUUUUCUUUAUGGUCUGUUACCUAUACUUUUUUCAAUCCCCUACCACAAAAGAAUAAUUCAGUAUUUGGAUAACAUCUUACAUUUGUUUCAAAUACACUGAGUAGUCCAAAAUGUAUUUCAGAAUAUUCAGUUUGUAGCACCAGCUUGGGAUAAAAUGAAAUAAAGUUGCAUCAGAAUUGGCUGAUGAAGAGGAAUAAUAAAUAA